AUGUGUCUGUUUUUUUCAGACUACAAUGUGUCUGUUUUUUCAGACUACAAUGUGUCCGCUUUUUUCAUUACAAAUGUCAUUGGGGAUAUGUCAAUUUUCAUACUUGCAAUCUGUCCUGUCCUUUCACAUGAGAAGUCACUAUCCUAUCUAAUCAAAGGUGUCCAGGAUUCCGUCCCUGCUUUGCCUGACAACACGGAUGACGUUGUCACUAUGAUAUCUGCCACAGAGCCUGAUGCUCCAGUUCCACCAUCCAACUCCCUCUCCUCAGCCACUGCGGAAGGCAUGAAUGACGAAGACGAAGACGACCCUGGUCGCCCACAUCUGCCACCAUGCAUCGAAUUGAUAUCCCUCGGCCACUUUGACAACAUCAAGAUUGCUGCCUUGAAUAGUGUUUAA